AUGUACAAUCUACCAGAUACUGACCAUCGUGGCUUUUGUCUAAUCGUUCUCAACAAUGGCGUUUAUUCUCGAUUCGUCGAUGUUCUCCGAAAUUACUUUAACGGCGCAAACUACGACGUAGAUGUGAGAUAUAAUAUAAACCUUCAAGGUGAGGAUAUUGAGAAGAUAUCAAAGCAAACCUUUACGUCGCACGUCUGCUUCGUGUGUUUCAUUUUCGAUACAGAAAAAGUGAACGGCGACCUCGAUAUGCUGCAAUAUGUUAUCGAUUCCUUCACGCCUGCCAAAGUUCCUUCUCUAGAUGGAAAACCAAAGCUAUUCUUCUUUCAGCGGCUCUCUCAGCUUGAUACUGGCUACGUUAGCAAGUGAUACAGUGAAACUUUUCUACAGAAGAGAAUCGUUCGAAACUAUAUCCACCUUGUUGAAAGAGGUAAGGUUUCGGAUACUUUGAAUU